CCCUAUCAUCUCGACAACUCUGACUCUACUCAACCUGUCUUUGACCGCCCCGUGUGAAUACUGUUGUUAACUUCCUUCAUAUUUCCCUAAUACAUGAUCUUUGCGUGAAGAACGAACACACUGUUGAAUCUCCUUGGAUUGCUCACAAGGUCGUAAUAAUACUAUUCUUUCUGUCUGGGCUUCGUGUCUGUUCUUUGUAGUUCCCCGCCGACUUUACCGGCUCUUCGCUACGCGCGCUUGCUUUCGUCGUUCUGCCUAGGUACUCCUAAACCUAUCUACAACACGCUCGCAUCUCCUGGUACCGCCCAUUUCUAGACCCGCGAUACUUCAUCGAUCCGGAGCCGUCUGGUUACCACGAUCGACCGGCGUGCCGCGAGAUCAACAACCACGCGUUGAGCUCCCAAAAGAGCUCUUCUGCUGGCGAGCAGGAAACUGCCCCCAGCGUUAUCGGUAGCAUCUCUCUAUGCCCGGUUCGUCAACCCACGACCCGUCCACGACGUCGGACUCUUCUCUCCCCUCGAAUAAGCCUCAGAAGAAACGAAAGCAGAAGCUUACUGGGAGCGACUCUCCAGGUUCAAAGAAGAAGGACAAGAAUGUCAAAGACAAUGGUGGAGUUGUUGCGGCGGUAACAAGACAUGGGGCCAAGUUCACUGACGGCAACGUCGGCAAAGACGUUCCCCUGCCUCCUGAAUCUCCUCCGCCCCAGUCUCCGGAACUCGAACCAGCCAGGCCCGCCACAAUUCCGACUAACGGUAAUCAGGCUGUAUCACCCCUUUUAGAUGCCGUAUCAGCAACAUCCAUUUCCGGGAGCACGGCUCCUAGCACCAAUGACUGGACACGGGCCAUGGGUCCUUCUUCUGGCUCGCCGUCGAACUUGAUUAGCAUCAUGGGUGAUUCACCACCGACUCAACCUUCAUCAUAUGAAGAUGCGAGAGGCUUGUCAUAUGCUUGGAGUGCACAGCAGCAGCAACGGCGGCAUUACGUUAAUAGCAACCCCUACUCUGCUUCGCCUCCUAGCAACGGUAGAAGACCCUUGAGUUUUCAAAUGGACCAUUACGCCGCCGGUGAUUUUCGCUCCCAAGCAUCUUCGCCUCCCGGUGCUCGGAGAAGUUCGAUGCACUCACCAUUCCUGCCGCCUCGAGCUACAGCAAAUCCACCUCUACCUCACCAACCUCAGGCUCACUUCUACGGUGCUCCAGAGAUCGAUCUUGAUAUGCAUCCUAAGACCGGGUUGAAGGCUGGUGAAAAGGGCUUCUAUUUUGGGUUUGACACACUUCCUCGAUCGACUAGCACACAAGUAGCUGGUAAUGAUCAUGUGGUUCUCGCAGGUUAUGAAGGCGGCAUGGAUGUUUACAGUGUCGGAAAGAGGGGCGUGGAGUUUCUCGCCAGCCUGAAGGGACUGCGAGGCGGUGUUUACAACGCCAAGAUACUACCUUGGAGCGGUACACCGGAUCCCUUUGGCAUAUUCCCUUUGGUUGCUGUUGUAAUCCAUGGUCCUGUACCUCCGCCUAAUGCUCCCGAUAUUGCUUUAGGGUCAGCAUUCGACAAUAGCUCAAGCCCCCGAUUGGAAGGUAUCAAUACUCCACAAUCGGAGUCGAACCAACGUCAAGCCAAUAAGGGUAUAACAACGAUCGAGGCUUAUCAGACAUCUGUCGAGGUAUACUCUUUGGCGACUAAUCAGCUGAUCGACGUGUUAUUGGAAGCUCCGAAAAUACCCAUUAAAGCCUCGGUAACAAGCCCAAUGUUUGGGAGUCCGCCGCCAACUGGCGCUUUUCAGGUUCAGGCUGAAGAUGGCUAUAUAGUAGCAGCGUCGGGUACAACGGGCGAGUGCUGGGUUUACCGACAGGCCAGGGAUGAAAAAGAUCCCGGCUAUCGGUUCACUUGCGUUGGAAAGCUAUGGACAAGUCUGCAACAAAGCUUUCGCAGUGGUUCAACACCUGAAGAUGAGGGUAUACCCGGCCCGUUACCGACGCGAAAGCGAUCACAAACACCGAUCCUCGCGGUCAAUGGAAGAUGGUUAGCAUAUUGUCCCCCACCUCCUUCAUCCCAAGUUGCACUUAAGGCUUUCAUUCCGGUAUCGCCUGAAGGGAAAGUGCCGGGAUUAUCAUCAGUCACCUCCCCUGUACUACCGAAUGAGAGUUCAGAAGUUGACCUGCCCAUUUCGGAUGGGGUCAUGAACCGAAUUAUGAGAGAGACGACACAGGAAGUCAUACAAGGAGCGCGCUGGGUUAGCAAACAGGGAAAACAAUGGUGGAACAACUAUUGGAACCCGGGGCAGCAGCCGCCCGCCAGACAACUGGCUGUAGGUUCGCCACCAUGGGGGUCAGCGUAUCCUGGACGGCCUGAGGCCGCGCAAUUCCCACCAACCUAUGGUGUUUCUGGACAAGCUGUGACGAAGGAACCAGGACUCGUGUCCAUCGUUGAUAUGCACAGUUUGAUGAGUUUUACCAAUAUUCAUCCCACCACGACUUUUAAGCCGCCGCUUGGUUGCAGCUUCCUGUCUUUCCCUCCCACUGGGCUAUCCCUCUUUACUGCAAGCAAUAAAGGAGACGUGCAGACAGCCUGGGAUGCAAUGCGUAGCCAAUUCACAAAGUCAUCUCCGCUACAACACUCGCAACCACAUAACGGACACGCGACUAGGGUUCGACAAGUUGCACAGUUUUCACGCAUGACUGUCGCUCGCAUCGUGGACCUUGCUUGGGCCGGUCCUAAUGGCGAAAGGGCUGCUAUGGUGACUGAACGGGGCACUGUGCACAUGUUGGAAAUGCCGCCCAGUGCUUUUACCUGGCCGCCUCCCCGGAGGCGCGCUGCAGCGCCAGAAGCAGCCCAGGGUGCCUCCGAAAAUGCUUCUUCGGCUGUUUCCAUAGCUUCGAACGUACUCAGCUCUGCUUAUGGGGCAACCCGACCGCUGCUUAAUUCACAUCGGCGGAGCACCUCUAAUUCGCAGACCACAUCGAGUUUAAUGGAUCACGCUAGUUACGGCGGGAAGGUUCUCGCUGCAGGAAUCAGCCAAUCCUUGGGCAACGCCGGAACGGCCAUAAACCACUUGCGCCAUACCGGUGAGAAUCGGGUGAGUUUACCUCUGCGAAAUAUGUCCGUGGGACCAUCAUGCGCAACCUGGAUCACCGGGAGAAAGCAUCAUACUUUGUUUGUUGUAGGUGUUGGUCAAGUCAGAAUGUUCCCUAGGAAAAGUCGUAGGCCAGGUGUUAGGAAAGAUCGAUCUCGAACUGCCCGUGUGAGCAAAUACCAUGAUUUUAAGCUGCGGGAUCUACCGGAUGAUUUGAUUGCACCAUCGAUAAAACAGAUCAUUGAUCCAAUCGAGGAGUUUGAGCUUUCAAUUCCUGAUCACGACGGCAGCAAUACACUGAUUCUUCAUCCACGGCCACGCUUAGACGACGUUGAUCAUAGCUCUGAAGCCGCGAUACCUCAGGCGGAAAUUGAAUCAAAUGCCCCCUACCAGCCCUUCCAUACUGACAGGAGGGUCAGUUUGCAUUACUACACAGCGACGUCAAAUGAUGACGGUCUGUCCUCUGUUCUACUGCAGAUGGAUGCUGUAACAUUGAAUGAAACACAGAAACGUGCUAAACAUCGCCAUCGGGAAUUAGCUGCAAGCAGAGCAUGGGCAUUUGGAGAAACGAUCGGUACGGUCAAACUUGACUUGGGCCUGCCACCAACGAUAGAUGAGGAGGUCAGCAAUAGCAUUGAUGAUCACCGAGCUUUGCCUGUAUCAGCUAUGGAACGGGUCUUGCAAGUUGGUGGAAAUGACGAGCAGAUUGUUGUGACCACGCGGCGACGUCGAGGUGGCAAUCGGGCCGCAGACAUGGACGAAGAUGGUUUCUUUGAAGAUGAUUGCGAGGUGCUCGAUUUUGCUGACCAGCGAGUAUGAAACAGUUGACAGUUGGUGAUUAGUGUGAGUUUGUGUUUGGUUUUCGGUACCAAUCUGGCUUGUUCUUUGCACCUACUCUUCACGCCAAACUGGUUAAAGACAUUGUGGUUUUGAUCAAGUAUAUAUUGAUAUACACAGGCUUGACCCUCUUUUGAUCUUGAUGUAUACUGGAUCGUCUGGCUUUGGAGUAAUGGCGUCGGUUUUUGGCAUUAUCGACACACCCACCUACUACGCAUAGUCUCGGUAGCAUGAAGACUCAAUCACAAUACAAUAGACACCAAUGAAAUGGUAGCCUAAGUGAAGA